UGCAAGCAGGAGCCACUGGUGCCCCGCAAAGUGCAUAGCGCCGAAACGAAAGGACGGCAGGAAGGAAGGAAGGAAGGAAGGUUCGAGCCCGGGACGAGGACUCGACCGGGCUUCCUCCUGGACGACGGGAUCCAGGAGAGCGCACAAGGUUGACACAUCGUCGGCGUGACGCGUUCGUUAUCGUGCGUGCGAGAGCGCGCGCGCGUGAUCCGUUCGUGUUACCAACGAAAAAGUAACGUGCCUUCGCUCCGCGACGACGAGCCGCGAGCCCAUCACUGCUUCCACCAUCGACGUGCACGACGACGACGAGCCACGACGUGUAACCACGAGACGAUAACCUCGAAUCCAACCCCGAGCUCGUCCCACGUUUCCGCUGUGCUGCUGCUGCUGCUACUACCCUUCGUAACAAUUGGAGUGCGUCAGUCCGCAACCCCCGGCGUCAGCUCCGCCGGUGAUCACACGAAGAUCUGAAUCGGGCAACAUUAUCAGACACGAGAAAGCGCUCCAGCUCGUCAAGAGAUGCUCCUCCUUGUUCGUCAACGAAGAUAGCGCGUCCCGCGGAUGUCCCGCAGGACGGCGACACGAUGACGAGUGAUUCGCGAUGCGGGUGGCUCUCAGUACAGUGGUGAUCGAACGAGGAUGUUAGUGAUCGACGAAAAUUGACGUGACGACAGCCCGCGACGACACAGAAGCGUCCUGAUAGUCGCGGAUAGUCUGGGGACUGCUAGGCAUCCGGUCGCGACUCGAGUGCUCGAGUAUUUAAUCACGCGCGAGACCGCUACUCGGGGUGACGAGAGAGAGAUAUCGACCGUAGUCGCCGAAUUAAGCGCCGAAGGUCGCGAGCAUUGUUCCGCUUGUCCUUCGGACCUGCAAUCCGAUCACCGAUCCCGACGCUUCUCAGUCGAUGAUCGCCGCGAAGGACAAGCCGACGACGACAUGGCUCGAGCACGGCUUCUCGAGCGAUAUCCGUCGACCGGCCAAUCGAAUCAGCUCUUCGCGAGAUUCCUCGUCGAAACAUUGCUCGCUUUUCGCUUCCACGGAGUCUUGAGCUAUCCAUAAUCGGAUAUGGAACGGUGCUCUUUAUGAAGGAAUAAGUGUGUGGGAGAACUUGGACAACCGUGGAAAGACAGCUAUUGGAGUGGCCUUACUGGAAAUUAAUCCGAGACGCGGCUUGUGAAUGAAAGUGGCGGGUAAAACUGUUCUCGCACGAUCAUCUUCUUCAAGUAUGCACGCCAUAGUUCGCGACGUAUACCAAUCGCCACCCCACGUGACGCGCUGCUUCGCCAAAGCGACCUCGUAUGGGAGCCGUGAAAUCGCCAAGAUCGCUCGUUACAAUCGCUGAUGUAUCGUUGAGGGUGGUUCUCGCGCGAAUAUUAUUAUACUCGUGGAAAAAAAAGAAACGACCGACCGCGGUAAAAGCCUCGUUGCUCGGGUUGUCACGUCGAUAGUGCUCGCGCUUCCACAUUCGAGAUCGGUCGAACAGGUAGAACUCGCGCCGGGUGUAAGGACUUCGACCGCUACGCUCCCUCGCUCUUUCGAGGCUGCGCGUGAGGAAACGCGUGGUUGAAUCGAAGCGACUCUCUCCGAACGAGACCCACUGACCUAUCGACUCGGCAGGCUGCCACCCGAGGCCGCCCCAACUACCCCUGUUCCACACUUUCCUCCUUGAUGUUUAUUGUCGUCGCUCCUGCUAUUCCUGUCCGACCUGCAGCUCGCAGUUUCUCUCUGUUUCCGAAUUUGUCCGUGCACCAUUCGUCUCGUUCGCGAGCGUGCACAAUUCGUACUCCCCUGAACGUCCUGAGCUGAAGAGGUUAGUCGCGGGAGUCUUAUGUUACGCACGAUACAGGGGGAACAUCUGAAUAUCAUAUAAAAACCGACUUCCUCGGCCCUUCGUCGUUGCCCCUCAUCUUGUUUCUCCUUUUUUCUUUUUUGUUUCGAAGCUGACGAAUCGAACCGAGCACGAAUUUCACGGGAACGAACAGAAGUGAGCUUUCUGUCGCGUGCUGUCGCGCUAAAAAAUUUCCCGGAAUUCGCGAGAAAUCGAUCGAAUAUGUCGAAAUCGGAACCGAAGUAUUCCACGACAUUAACACGAUUAAAAUACCGAUACGUCGCGUGGCGUACCGAUACGAGCCAUUAAUAACCACCUCCAACGUGAUCAACCUGACGGGACAGACACCGACAGCCAAUCGAACACGGACAACAACGAAAGAUCAAGAAGAAAGAGAACGCAUCGGCCGCUUCAAGAAAGAGAGACGCGCUAAAGAGCUUUCCUCUUUAAUCGCACUGACGAUGAUGAAAAUCAAGCCACACUGAUCUACGCAUGAGCACGUAUUUAUAUGCGAGCGAGUGUAUGUGGACGAGUAUAUAAUGGGAUAGAGAGAAACCCACGCGAGCGCUCGAGUAAUCUCGAAAUUGACUGUCCAACCAAUUCAUUCAUCGCCAUCUCGUCACUGGCCUCGACGCAACGCAACAACGCAACAACAACCACACUUUCCUCGUUGAUUACCACGUAGAAAUGCCAUAGUUUGUAUUAGAGUAUCAUUGCUGAGAGCAAACAACCGCGCUAGAGAAAUGGCUGAGAGUGCAGCGAGUCCGGGCGCCGUGCAUGUCGCUGCGAGCAGUCCGCAGCAACAGCAGCAGCAACAGCAGCAACAACAACCGCAACAGCAGCCGCAACAACAACAAACGCAACAGCCCCCGGAUAUAAGUAGCUCGCAACUGACAUCGCCGCCAAUCACGGGAACAGCCCAGAUCGAGAUAAUCCCGUGCAAGGUGUGCGGGGACAAGAGCAGCGGCGUGCAUUACGGCGUGAUUACCUGCGAGGGCUGCAAGGGCUUCUUCAGGCGGUCGCAGUCGUCAGUUGUCAACUAUCAAUGUCCGCGAAGCAAGAAUUGUGUGGUCGACCGUGUAAACAGAAACCGGUGCCAGUACUGUCGGUUGCAAAAGUGCCUACGCCUCGGCAUGUCAAGAGAUGCCGUUAAAUUCGGGCGCAUGUCGAAGAAGCAACGGGAGAAGGUCGAGGAUGAAGUCAGAUUCCACAGGGCGCAACUGAGGGCGGCCUCGGAGACGGCGCCGGACAGCAGCGUGUACGAGCAUCAAACUCCGAGCAGUUCGGAUCAACACCACCCCUACAAUGGCGGCUACACGUACGGCGGUAGUGAGUACGCGUCGUCGGGCCCCGGCACCGGCGGUUAUACGAAUUACAAUCACCAGGCGAUGACGAAUUACGAGCUUAGCGCCGACUACGUCGACAGCACGACGACCUACGAUCCCAGGCCGACGCAGACGCAGGUCGCGGACACCGUCGCGCCCGACACACCCUCGGCCGUCACCGCGACCGGGGUGCUGCCUAGCGUGGUCACCACCGGGAAGUCUCUGUCUGCCUCGACGACCGGCAGCGGUGCGGGGGGUGGCGGUACCGGCGGCGGAGGCGGCGGUGGUGGCGGCGGUGGCGGUGGCGGCGGUAGUGGUGGCGGUGGUGGUAAUGGUGGUGGUGGUAACGGUGGUGGCGGUGCUGGUAGCGGUAGUGGUAGUGGUAGCGGCGGCGGUGGCGGUUCCGCCGCGGCCGCCGCCGGGGCUGCUGGGGGUGGAGGCGGUGGCGGCGGCAGCGGCUCGCUUAGCGGCGGCGGGAUCGUCGCCGUAAAGCAGGAGACCACCGUUGAGCUCGCCGGCCUGGGCCACGGCUCGUACACGAUGGUCGACUCGACGACCUUCCUGAGCGGCCAACAGCAGAGGGUCAGCAACCCAUCUGAGGACGACGAAGUGCCGAGUGUGCCCAGUAUGUCCCAUGCGAGAUAUCCAGCACAGAUCAGCGAGCUUCUCUCGAAGACGAUAGCGGACGCGCAUGCAAGGACGUGCCUGGUGUCGACGGAACAGAUCCAAGAGUCCUUCCGGAAGCCCCAAGACCUCUCCAGAUUGAUCUACUACAAGAACAUGGCGCACGAGCAGCUCUGGCUAGAGUGCGCCCAGAAGCUGACCACCGUCAUCCAGCAGAUCAUCGAGUUCGCAAAAAUGGUCCCCGGAUUCAUGAAGCUCUCGCAGGACGACCAGAUCGUUUUAUUAAAGGCUGGUUCCUUCGAGUUGGCUGUGCUACGAAUGAGCAGGUACCUAGAUCUCCAGCAGAACUUCGUCCUGUACGGCGACGCCCUGCUGCCGCAGGAUGCGUUUUACACGACGGAUACAGCGGAAAUGAAGCUUGUUUCCUGCGUGUUCGAGCUGGCCCGAAGUGUGGCCGAACUGAAGCUCACCGAAACCGAGUUGGCGCUCUAUAGCGCGGCUGUUCUACUUAGCCCUGAUCGACCGGGACUGAAGGGCCUGGCGGAGAUCACGAGGCUGUCGCAAGCGGUGAUCAGGGCGCUGAGGUCGGAGCUCGAUCGGAACCAUGUGACGCCGAUCAAGGGCGACGUGACCGUGUGCGACGCGAUCCUCGCGAAGAUACCGCAGCUGCGGGAGAUCUCGCUGCUACACAUGGACGCGCUGGCGAAGUUCAAACGGUCGCAGCCGCACCUCGAGUUCCCGGCCCUCCACAAAGAGCUCUUCAGCGUCGACAGCUGAACGAGCGACGCGGCGCGGAGCGUCGUCCCGGCGCUGCCGAGCGGACAGGAACGCGAGUAGCGUCGCGGACCUUGCUCGGUCAAGAUUAUUUCCUUCGUAUGAAUGAACGUAUUGGGCCUUAAAUAAACAUAACAUUGUUAUAUAUAAAAUAUACAUAAAGAAAAAAAGCAACAUAAAAGUAUAUACAGAAGAAAUAUAAAUAUAAAUAUAUACAUAGUGUGAAUGCGUAUGUGUAUACACACACAUAUACACACAUGCAGACGCGUGCACGCACGCACGCGCGCGUAACACACGUCUCACCGACGCAGAGGUGUAUACACAUACGCGUAUAUCGUUAUAAGAUACUAUUAUUAUAGACAGAGAAAAAUCGCGAAUGCGUGCGAAACGAGCGAGCGAGCGAGCGAAAGAGCGAGCGUGCGAAUGAACGAACGAGCGUGGCAAGAGAAUGUACGUGUGUGAGUGAAAAUGUUCAGAAAGUAUGAAAGAGAGAAAAAGAGAGCGAGAGAGGAAGAAAGAGAGAGAAAGAGAGAGCGAGAGAUAUCGGUUGUUACGAUACAUACAUAAAGUAUAUAUUGUAUUAACUAAAAAAAGAAAAUAGUGGAGGGAGAGAAGAGGGCGAGAGGAGAAUGGUGAUCAAGUGGAGUCCCGCUAGGACGGUCCGCGGACGACGCGAAAUAAAUAGCGCGAUCGAGGACUGGCGUACCCAGCGCGGGAAGAGAAUCUCGAUCGGGCCGCUCGCGCGACAUAGUGACCGAUAAUUAUCGCACCGUCGAACACGAGGGAGUUCACGAGAGCGGGCGAACCCUGUGAGAAUAACGUCGACGAAGGGUUAGAGCUUAUUGCAGACGGCGAGGAACCGCGGAGCCGCGCCGAAGUCGAAGUCGUGCGGCCGAGCGCGACGACGACGACGACGAUGAGGGUGUCCCCGCCGCGACUCGGACAGUUUCCUCCCCUCAAGCUCCCGAAUUUCGAUCGUCCUUUCCGCUUACUUUCGCGACCGUUCGCCGCCGUACGCCUGUACUUGUAUAUACCGAUUCGUGGACGAUCCGAUUUAUCGCGAUGAUAAUUUAAACGCGCGCGUGGAAGCCGGCGACGAGAUGAAGACGAUCGCGGGGAGCGGAUGUUCGACGAGAUGAAAACGUAACGCGGAAAUUUCAGGAACACACGACGAUAAUCACGGAAGCGUAAAUCGUAGGUAGGUCAAGAAGGGGAGAAAAAGACGAUGAAAGUAACGUAUCUAAAGUAAGCUAAAGCUGAAAGCGCGACGAGGUGGUCGACGGAAAAAAAUCGAUGCUCGGCGGAGGCACCCUUGUCGUUCACCGUCGUUGCAGUCGCUCAUACGAGCCGCGAGACGCGGGGGACGCGCUUGUUCGUUAAAUAGCCGGCGCUGCGUGAAUCCUGCUGCUCGUUCGCUCAAUAAACGUGGAUUCGCUUCAGCUUCAGGCGAGGACAUUGGGCGAGCAAACGCAUCCCCUGCGGCGCACUUGCAACUUGGCCGAAACGCCGAGACCUCGUCGGCGGCGUCACGCGUGUUCCCCCGCCGCCGCGACUUCGAGUAGUGAUUCGAGUAUAGUUCUCUGAGCUACUUUAGCAUAAAUACAUAUAUAAAUAAAUAAAUGAAUAAAUAUAUAAACAUAUAAAUAAAUAAAUAUAUAAACACUAUAUAUAUGAGAGUAUAUUCCGGCGGGACGAUCGAGAUUCGACGGUCCUCGUCAUAUUAUAUAAUACGAUGCACCGGCGUUAGCGAGAUAUCUCGUCCGUGGACCAGCCCGGCCGGAUCUCACGGAUAACAGACACAACGUAACACGCUCACAAAUCCAUACAUACAUACUUACAUGCAGACAUCACGUACAUACGUGUACAGGCAGAAACAAACGGAGAAAGAGAAAGUGUGAAAGAGAGUGAAAAGGAAGAAUGAAAGAGAGUGAGAAAGGAGAGUAAAAAAUAAUGAGUGAAUGAGUGAGAAAGAGAAAGAGAGAGUGUGUGUGUAUGUGUGUGUGUGUGUGUGUGUGAGAGAGAGAGAGAAAGGGAAAGAGAGAGAGAGAGGAAGCGAGAAAGGGCAUGAAAGUGAGAGUGGAAGGAAAAACGUUACAUGAAUCGACGCGCGAAUGCGACUUCACGGAUGCAGGCGUAGAUAGAGCUAAUCGACCGCAUUAUGCGCGCGCAUUAAAAAAAAACGUUUUUGGUACUGUACGGCACUUGUAUGACGCGUCUCUUUAUACGUAAACCCGUACUUCUUAUAUGGAUAAAAAAAGAAAAAAAGAAAGAGAGAGAGAAAGAAUGAAAGAGCGAGAGCAAGAGAGAAAGUGAGAUAAAACAGCCCGUCGUCGCGCGCUGAGACAUCCUCACGAAGCGUUUAUAUACGCACCGUCACCGGCUUUCUUCGCUGUCGUCGAUCGUCUGUCCGAGGAUCGAGGCAUGAGAUAGUGUGGUGGAUUUUCAGUUUUACGGUUUCUGCUCGUCGUUGUUCGUCGAGACACUUUCGCGACCGUCCGCGUAUUUUUAGAUGAGAAUUGCGUCGUUGGGUGCCGGGCCGAUUAAAAAGUAUUCGUACGCCUUCGCGUCUAAGUAUAAAGUUAUAUUGUUAAGAGGGCUGGAAUAAAAUAAAGUGUAUUCGUACGCCGACACUCAUUGGCUAUAAAUAACGCGUCACGCGCCGUUAAAAAGGAGCGAGACUGAGGUGACGAGGACGAGAUUGCGCGCGACUUGAGCGCAACUUUGCGCUCUCUCGCUAUAAACAUCCUCAACUUAUUGUGCGCGCGCGAUAUUUGUAUUCUUUGUAAAUUUUCAAGAAACAAGUAAAAAAAAACGUGACGUCCCUAAUUGAAUUGUUAUUUAUAGCGACGACGUGCGAAUACUAUUUGUUUCGUUGUAUAGUGAACCUUCGUUUUAAGGCGUAUUCAGGAUAUUGCAGCUAAUUAUGUAAACCCUAAACGGUAUAACCGGGGUCUGACAGACCGUUUCUAAUUGCAAGACGUUAUGAAAACCUUACACAGCGCUAUUAUUAUUUGUUUGUAUUUAUAAAGUCUAAUAUAAAUGAAUAAAAGCUAAUUUUUUUUUCACACAUAGCUCUUUCGGACACUUUCUUUUCUUUUUUGCGUAUGCUAUUGUUUGUAAGUUACGCUGCGUCCGUCGGCCCCAUUUACGUUAUAUACGUAAGUAAAAUAGUUUAUACUGUUUAGGGUAACGGCUUCCAGGACAAUUAUCACGCAUUUAACCCAUUAUCGUACCAUCCUUGAGACUCGAGAGCUUCUCAUUGUAACAAUUUUUUACUCUAAGCAUUCUGAGAUAUCUUUCAUGCGGAUUCUUAACUUGCCAUCUACGUGUCAUCGUAACAUACAUUCGUUAAAAUAGUCACAUCUCAUUCAUACUUUCUUUCCUGCAUAAUAUAGUUCUAUGGAAAAGCGGGGAUACGAAAAUUUAAUUAUCGUGAUCUUUAAUGGGUUAAAUAUCAGUGUCGAAGCUGCAUAAGAUUUGCAAUCGAAUAUCAGCGGUCGCGAAAGUGUUAACAAUGUAUUGUCAUUAAUUGUCUAUAUCUCGAUUUAUUGUCCAUUUAUAUGUUUUUAUAUUUUCGGUGUUUUCGAUAUUGGAUACUACGAUUACUGACUAUUAAUUCAAUAUUUUGGAACACACAACGAAACACGCAGCUCGAACGAUAACUCGUAUUUCCCAAGUAGGUAUGCAUUAACUCUGGUAAAUGAGAUCAUUGUUUAUCUCCUUAACGUUACCAUGAGCUUUACGCAUAAUAAUUUAGUAUAAUCUUGAGGAUAUCUGAAUUUUUUUAUGCAGUGCGAUAUGUUAUCUCGAUAGAGAGAGAAUGUUGACAUUUCGUUAUUUAUGUCCGUUAAACUUGGCAGACAAUUAGGAAGUACUGAUCUUAAACUUAAAGCAUAAUUUUGAUACUUGAGUAUAUUCAUACCUUUUUCUAUUUUAUACUUGAAAUAUAAGCGUUCUGUUUCUUUCGGAUUUGUGAAUUUUUAACUUUUUGAAAUUUUUGACUUUUUGACUUUUCAAUUAUUGUUUUGUCCAAUUUUUAAAUAUUUCGACUUUGGAUCUUUCAAGUGUUUUGAUUUUUGGGCUUUUGCUACGUCACUUGUCGCGACCUCGUAUUCUCGCGUCGAUUUCUGAAGAAAGAAAAUAGAAAACUCCUUAAAUCUCGGGUUUACAAGUCCCGAAGUAAUUGCAGCGUAGAUGAAGGGAACACAUUGUGCUUUAACAUUCAACUGACUGAAAUACCGAUAGUAAUAUUUGAGAUGUCAAAAAUUACCAUAAAAACUCUCAACUAAGUCAAGUGGGCAUAAUUGUUUUUUUUUUUUGUUUAUUGUUGACUUCAAAGUGAUUUACUUGUUACGAAAAAUGGAACAUCUCUUUUAGGAUAAGAUAAGAUUAAACCUGCGAGAAAUAAUUCUCGGAUGCAUAUACUGGGUCGAUUUUAACGUAAUGAACGGAUUUCUGUCCAUAGUUUUGUGAUUGCGCACUUUUUGCAUUCAUAGUAUCUUCGAUUGCAUUAAAUAGUAUUUCUAGAGUUUAUUAUUUGUUAAAUUUAUAUUUGUAACGUUGAUCGAUUUAUUCAACGCUAGACAAGAUUCUAGAUAGCCAAAUCUGCAGAAAUAGACUUUGCACAGUGUUUGCUGUAAAUUUCGUUAACAGUUUGUUAGCAACAAGACAUACCAGUAGAGUAUGAAGGUUAACAGGUUGACGACAGAAGUCCAACAGGAUAUGUCGUAUCGUAACUAUUUAAGUUCCAUUAAAUGGAGCACACUAUAGAUUCUGCUCGGUUUCUGGCGCCAAUCUGCUGUCAAGUUACGUCAACAGAUUCUGUUGAUAAAACAUGAGCUUAACGCGGACAUAAAUAGCUUUGGAUGUACCAAGGUAUUCUAAUCGAAUCCGUUGCUAAUUUGCCAACAUACAUUGCUAACAUUUUACUUAUUGAGACGGUAAGCUCGUUUGCAUAUGAGAAAAUAAUAUAUCAAGACAUGAUAGAAACUGGCAGCUUUACAUUGUUCGUAGAGAUUUAAAUAAUUUUUAUAUUACAUGCUUACAUGAUAAUUUCUUCGUAUACAUUUCAAUGAGACAAUAACGUUUUCGUUAAUUUUGAGUUUACUUGAAAAUUGCAUCAAUUUCUGCAGCUUUGUAUAAAGUAAAAUCAUUUAAUAAAUUAUUAACCUAAUUCAUAUAGAGCUUAUUUAGGUGGAAUUAACGCGAUACUGAGACACGACGGACUAUCAACAUUAUUAUUAUAUCUAAUAUUUUUAAUACUCAAUAAUUAUGAUUCGUGUUCUUUCUGCGCGAAACACCGAAUAAUUAUUCGUGAUCGCAUUCGAAGCGCGCGAAUCAAUUGCGUUUACCAUUGAUAAAAUUAAUUGAUAGAGGGAGAAAAAUUAUUUCGUUUUUGCACUGUCAUUAAUGAGAUUAAAGCGAAUUGGUUUCUGCGCAACGGUAUGCUAUUGCAGGAAAUAGACUCGAUAUGCAUCCGAGAGAGUCGAACGCGAUCGAGAGAAGAUCGACGAGAACGACGGCGAAUCCGUCACGGUGCGCCGACUGACACGCUUUCGGACGGUUGCAUAUACUUAUAGCGAAAAAAAAAGAAUUAAGAGAAUGCAUAUUAUUCUGCCGAUUAACGAGUAAGUGCGUAGGAUUCGUUUAACUGUAGAUCGAACACGUACACAGUCACGUUACGCGCGAGUGCAAAAUGCAUACCAUCUACGACCCUUCUUCGCUCACAUCUCUAUCCCCUUUACUCGAGAGCAACAAACACAAACGUACACACAUAAACACACAAGUGCAUACACUUACACGGACACGACUUACACGCGAGAUACACAAGGAUGCGCUACACAUACACACAUACAAUAAGGCGCAACACGUACACGCGCACGCACGUUGCAAUUAGACGUUAUUAUCGCAAUUUGGAGUUAAAUUUUAUAAUAUAUAAUAUAUAAAAAAUAUAUAUAUAUAAAAUAAAUAAAAGUUGACGGAUA